CUCGACGCGGUAGGUGCUACAUGUAUACAAACACGAGCGUGCUUAUUUAGGCCUAAAUAGCCUGAUGUGAUUGCUGUUAUUGUCUCAUAAUACCGGUAUGCAUGAGCUUUCUAGCAAACAUGCUGUAUGUGUGGCCACACUGGCAGGUGUUUCAUCCGUCCAUAAAGUUAGGCUGCAAUACAUGUAGAAACAGCGUUCACCUGUUGAUCUUCUCCAGACCAUCCACGACUGUUAGAGUGAGGAAUGUAUUCACAGUGUUUGUGAUAAUGGAUGUGUCUAAAACUCAUUUCCUCUACUUUGUCCCCAGGGUAGCCUCUAGGCUUCUAGAUAUACCAUGACAGCUCUUACACACUCCACAACAACUCUCACAAGCUAACGUCUACUUAACGUUGACUACUUGUGGCGUCCAUAUAGAGUUGUGAAUUCAGUCAUGCGUUUGUGAGAAAUAUCACAUCCAGCUAAUCAGACUGAUCUGAGAAUGUGUUCUCUGACGCCGUCUGCAGGAUCAGUUUGUCCUGCGGAGGACUGUGUAUUCCAUCACAAUGGCACCCUCCCUCCCUUGUAUCCUCCAUCAGUAUUCCAUCACAAUGGCACCCUCCCUCCCUUGUAUCCUCCAUCAGUAUUCCAUCACAAUGGCAAUCUCCCUCCCCUAUAUCCUCCAUCAGUAUUCCAUCACAAUGGCAACCUCCCUCCCUUGUAUCCUCCAUCAGUAUUCCAUCACAAUGGCACCCUCCCUCCCCCUGUAUCCUCCAUCAGUAUUCCAUCACAAUGGCAACCUCCCUCCCCUAUAUCCUCCAUCAGUAUUCCAUCACAAUGGCACCCUCCCUCCCCCCGUAUCCUCCAUCAGUAUUCCAUCACAAUGGCACCCUCCCUCUCCCUGUAUCCUCCAGCAGUAUUCCAUCACAAUGGCACCCUCCCUCCCUUGUAUCCUCCAUCAGUAUUCCAUCACAAUGGCAACCUCCCUCCCCUAUAUCCUCCAUCAGUAUUCCAUCACAAUGGCACCCUCCCUCCCCUGUAUCCUACAUCAGAUAAGAGAUGCAGACAGAUAAUAACACAGCCCUGGAUGAAUACACCCGGGCUACUUCCACAUAUAACAGCCUGAAAUCACUGACAUCUCUGGUCAAAUUAGCUCUUUAUGGUGAGAUAUAAAAAGGAUUCCUCAUUAUUGUAAUGCUAUAAAUAAAUAAACAUCCAUGUUGCUCAUGGUGGGUCCCUCUCUCCUCUCUCUCUCUGUGGUGACGUGUCUGUGUGCUGAGGAGGAGUGGAGCUGCCCUGACCCUGCAGUGGCCAGGGGUGUCUGGAGCUGGGCUAGAGUCUGACGGAGGCUGCAUGGAGGCAGGCAGAGACUGGCAUUCAACACAUCCCCCAGAAGGGGAGCCAAGCUCACAGCUCACAGCAUACAACACAGAGCAUCAUGGCUAGGCACGCGUGUACGUGUGUGUGGUGUGCGCACGGCACCUACAGCGACAGCUUCCUGCACCACCACCUCCUCCUCCUCUGCUUCCUGUCUCCUACCGGCUGCCUGGUUCCCUCUCUCCACCAGGGAGGGCUGUGUGUUCACGGUGGACCAGAAGAUGUAGCUGAGGACGGCAGGCUGACAGAAGGCUGAAGACACUAGAGAAGGUUCUCAGGUGCUUCCUCCAGAGAGAGGGGAGGGGGGGGGGGGGGCUUGGGCCCUUGGAGCACCACCUCCAGAGCCUCACCAUGUCCAAGAAGGGGCCCGGGGGGGCCGGGGCUGGGGGCCGAGGCAAGAUGGAGAGGGCCGAUACGUUGACGGCCCUGCAGGCUGCCAAUGAAGAUCUGAGGGCCAAACUCACAGACAUCCAGAUAGAACUACAGCAGGAGAAAAGCAAGGUUAGUAAGCUGGAGAGAGAGAAGAGCCACGAGGUGAGACAUGAGCAGCACAAGUCUACAGUGGUGGUGACUGAGCUGAAGGCCAAGCUCCACGAGGAGAAGAGCAAGGAGCUCCAGGGACUCAGGGAGACGCUGCUACGGAGCCACGAGCUGGAGCUGAUGAGGGUUAUCAAGAUCAAAGACGGAGAGAUCCAGAGACUACAGGCUCUGGUUUAUGCGCUGCGAGAUGGAUCCACAGACAAGGUGAAGACGGCUCUGUUUGCAGAGGCGCGUGAGGAGGCCAGGCGUGGUUUUGAGGGGGAGAGGAGCAGACUACAGCAGGAGAUCUACGAGCUGAAGGGCAUGAAGAGACAGAUGGAGGAAGCUCUGAACUUGGCCGUACAGGCAGACAAGACCAAGGCUGCUGAGAUACGAUCCGUCUAUCAUGUACACCAGGAGGAGGUCACCCGCAUCAAGAGGGAGUGUGAGAGAGAGAUACGCAGACUGAUGGAUGAGAUUAAGGUAAAAGACAGAGCAUGCUGUGUGCUGGGGAAGGAGCUGGGGGUUCAGGCUGGACACACUCAGAGGCUCCAGCUGCAGAAGGAGGCUGUGGAUGAGCAGCUAGCCCAGAUCAGAAGCAGGGAGGCUGGGGCAGGAGGACACCUCCACAGCCCCAAAAGAGACGCUCCUUACCCCAGUGGUGCAGGAGACACCUCAGAGAGCCUCGAACAGCAGUUGGAUGACAAGGAAGCUCGGCGCUUCCAACUGAAGAUCUCUGAGCUGAGUGCCAUCAUCCGCAAACUGGAAGACCGCAACGCCCUCUUGUCAGAGGAAAGAAACGAACUGCUGAAGCGCCUAAGAGAGGCAGAGAGCCAGUUUAUGCCCCUGCUGGACAAGAACAAGAGGCUGAGCAGGAAGAAUGAGGAGCUGGCCUACGCAUUCAGACGCAUGGAGAACAAACUACGCUUCAUCACAGAGGAGAACAUGGAAAUGAGAGAGAAGGUAGCCACCAAAAGACGUCCCAGCUCUCUAAACGACCUUGAUCAGAGUCAGGAGGACAGAGAGAUCGAGUUCCUCAGACUACAGGUUCAGGAACAGCAGAAUAUUAUUGACGACCUGUCAAAGGCACUGGAGACAGCUGGAUACGUGAAGAGUGUGAUUGAAAGAGAUAUGCUGCUGAGGUACAGGCGGCAGGGCACCACGGGGAGGAAGAAGGCCAUUAAGCCGUGCAAACCGGUGGUGGAGACCUUCUUUGGUUACGAUGAAGAGGCUUCUAUGGACUCAGACGGUUCCUCCAUCUCCUUCCACACAGACAGGACACCGUGCACACCAGACGAUGACCAGGAGGAGGGUAUGAUCAGGGAGGAGACAGAGAUGAGGUUUCAUCAGUUGACCAUGGAGUACCAGGCUCUUCAGAGAGCCUAUGCACUUCUACAGGAGCAGGUGGGGGGCACGUUUGAUGCAGAGAAGGAAGUCAAGACAAGAGAACAGUUGCAAGCAGAGCUUAUUCUCUACCAAACCAGAAUACAGGACCUGGAGUGUGUUCUGUCCCAGCAAGGACAGGAUAUGAAGUGGAUCGAGGAGAAACAAGCCCUGUAUCAAAGAAAUCAAGAACUCAUAGAGAAGAUCAAGCGCAUGGAAACAGAGGAGUCACGUUUAAAAAACGAAUUUCAGGACGCCAGAGACCAGAAUGAACUCCUGGAGUUCCGGAUCCUUGAACUUGAAGAGAGGGAGAGGAGAUCUCCAGGAAUCAACUUCCACCACAUCCACUUCUGUGAAGGCAUCAGUCCACUGCAGGUGUACUGUGAGGCCGAGGGAGUCACAGACAUCAUCAUCACAGAGCUAAUGAAAAAGCUAGAUAUACUGGGGGAUAAUGCCGUAAGUAACCUAUCCAAUGAGGAGCAGGUGGUGGUCAUUCACGCCAGGACCGUCUUAACGCUGGCAGAGAGGUGGCUUGAGAAUAUAGAGGUCACCAAAACAGCUUUAGCACAGAAAAGGAUGGACAUUGAAAGUGAGAAGCAUGUGUUCAGUAAACAGAAAGGCUAUCUGGAUGAGGAGUUGGACUACAGGAAACAGUCCAUGGCUCAGGCCCACAAGAGGAUCUUGGAGCUAGAGGCGAUGCUGUUUGAUGCCCUGCAACAGGACGCGGGGGCCAAGAUGUCGGAGAUGCUGUCGGACGACGAGAGGGAGACACUGCGUCGGGCGGUGGAGCAGUGGAAGAGAGGGGUCAUGAUGGAGCUAAGAGAGAGGGACUCACAGAUCCUCAGGGAGAGAAUGGAAAUGCUACAGCACUCACAGCAGAGAACCAAAGAGCUGGAGGAAUGGAUAGCAGCACAGAAAAGACAGAUAAAGGAACUGGAAGAAAAGCCUUCAUUCUUUGGUCAUAGUUCUCCAGGGAAGCCAGAGCAAUUCACAGGUGUCCAGAUUGUCUUGUACAUUGUGUUCAAGAGGACAGGAUUUGGAAUCCAAGAUGGCUCCCAGAGUCCUGAAAGUCUUUUCGAAGACUUCUUCACACGAGAAACCAGUCAACUAUGCUGCAACACUGACUUUAGAUAGACUACUAUGACCGUGUUUUUUUUUAAGACAAAAAAACUGUUUUUUUUUAUAACUUCAGUAACCUUUUAAACCUGACUGCUGUCCCUCGUUAGUGAUGAUGAUGUUGACGUCUCGAUGGAAGACUCUAUGGAGGACUUCCUCUCUAUGGAUGAAGACUUCAGUGGAAUUGAAGAACUCUUAAAUGGGAGUGUUUUGUGGGGUUUUUUCCCUGCUGAGCAGGUGGUGCUCUGGUCGCUUCCCUUUGGAAGCAUGAAGAAGAAGAGUUUGAUUGAUUGAUUGAUUGAAAACAAACUGUAGUGAAGUCAGGCGGUUCUCCUGCUCGGGGCUUGAACCUGGUUCUUUUCUGUCAACCCAACACUUUAGCCAAGAGAUCCAAAACCUCUUGACGAGGUCACUAGGUGUUGGGUUAUGUUAAACGACGGUGAAGUGAGACAUUUUACCAUAGUUCUUAACGUUCACACACACUCCACUGAAGCUGAGCGUUUCCUAAAAUGGACACCAUACCACUGUUUACACUAUCUGACCACGCUGUUAUUACACACACAGGGAGCUUGUCACAGAAAGAGAGCCCAUCCAAGAACUUUAAAAUGGUGAAAGCCUUCAAAGAUGCUGCCCACACUAAAACUGGCUUUGUGGCCAGUGUGCCCUUUAUCUAUCUCUAUGGCCUCAGCCCUUCCCCUGUCUAGUCCAGACAUGCUGUGGGACUCAUUAACUCCUCAAUCUCAGUGUUUGAAAUGAAACCAGAAGCCAAACGGUGGUAUUAUUAGACAUCAUGUAUUUUUGUAUGUAUGAAAAAAAAGGCAAAGAUUUUAAAAUACAUUUCUCAAAAGAGGAAUAAAUAAAAUGCUAAAUUAGAUUUUUUUUUUUUUUUGAUGAAGAAUGAGGGAGCUUUCAAUGAUUUUAGAAUUUUCCAUUUGAUCAGAUGUAUGUAAAUCUGAUCUUCCCCUUGGUGCUUGGGAGAGGGUGUGUUUGUUUCAGAUGACCUUGGUUUGUUCUGUUAUGUCCUGAUGGAGAGGGUGGGUUAGUUCUGUUAUGUCCUGAUGGAGAGGGUGGGUUAGUUCUGUUAUGUCCUGAUGGAGAGGGUGGGUUAGUUAUGUUAUGUCCUGAUUGAGAGGGAGGGUUUGUUCUGUUGUGUCCUGAUGGAGAGGGUGGGUUUGUUCUGUUAUGUCCUGAUGGAGAGGGUGGGUUUGUUCUGUUAUGUCCUGAUGGGGAGGGUGGGUUUGUUCUGUUAUGUCCUGAUGGAGAGGGUGGGUUUGUUCUGUUAUGUCCUGAUGGAGAGGGUGGGUUAGUUCUGUUAUGUCCUGAUGGAGACAAAUACCUCCCAUUGAAUCUUUAUGACUCCAUGUUGAAGCAGAUUGUGUAUGAAAGAUGUAUUUUAUGCAUUAUGUUGCCAUUAAAUGGGAUCAAGCCCCGCUUUUAUGUA